AUUUUUAAUACAGUUCCUAUUUUACUUAUAAUCGUUGCUAAAAUGUUGACCAAAAAAGUAUUGUUAAUUAUCCUUACCGGUGUCAUCGCGAUUGCCAUAUUGAUUGCUGGAUUUAUGCUGCGGAAUAAACAACAGGACGAUUACAGACCAGUUGCAAUUUUAGGACCAGUCGAGCUUCCAAAAGCACCACAUUGGGACCCACAUCGAGGAACGGGAACACUUUUUUUUGUGGACGUGUAUAAUUCAGUAGUUCAUAGAUAUGAACCAAAAAAGAAGAGGCAUACAUUUGCGAAAGUCGGUGAACGAGAACUAGCAUUCAUAAUCCCAAUAGUCAACACGACGAAUAAAUUCAUAAUCAGUUACGGAUCAAAUCUAGCUGUAAUCACAUGGAACGGAACAAACGAAACGACCCCAGUAACUCCAAUUGAAGUCGCUAACAUAGACCCUGGAAACUAUGUAUAUCGAGCCAACGAAGGCAAAGUUAGUCCAUCAGGAUCGCUUUUUGUUGGAACGCAUAGUCCGUUUGAAAAUGGCAAUUUUAGCUUAAACAAGGCAGGAUUGUACGCUUGUAGUAAAACUCUCAAAUGUAAGAAAGUCCUCAGUGAUGUUAGCGUAUCAAAUGGUAUGCAAUGGAGCGCCGAUGCUAAGAAAUUCUAUUACAUUGAUUCUUUGGCUUACACCGUUGAAUCGUUUUCGUACGAUAAAGAGACAGAUGCCUUGAGUAAUCGAGCGUUGAUAUUUAAUUUCACUGAAGCAAGGGUUCCAGGAGUACCCGAUGGUAUGACAAUUGAUAAUGAAGGAAUGAUCUGGGUAACAGCUUUCAAUGGACAUCAAGUCCUUCGUAUAAACCCCGAAACUCGCGAAGUACUCGAAAAAAUAGAACUAGACGCCUUACAAAUAACUUCAGCCGCAUUCGUUGGAUCGGAAUUGGGCGAUUUUUACAUCACUAGCGGAGCUUAUAAACUAACCGAACAACAGAAAAAGGAUUAUCCGCAUUCGGGAUAUAUUUUCCGAAUGUCCAAUUUCAGAGUUACAGGCAGAGCAGGAGUUCCAUUCGACUUAGACCCUCAAUACUUGCAAUAAACAUCCUGCAUACCUACCUAUACUCGUACCUACUAAUUUUAAUUCUUUGUAUUUAUUAAUUUAUACUUUGAUUUUAACAUUUUUCCUACGUGUAUAUUGUAUGUAUUGUGAAUCCUGAAUCAUGUGUAAGAGCUUAGCUAUUAAGUAGGUAGACCAUCUGACUACCGAGGGAAUUAUUUUAUUACGCUAUGACGUAAUCAAUGGAAGAUAAUUUGGUACGCUUAACCUUGAGUACAGCGGGGGAAAAGUUCGUCGUGUUAGAUUCAGCAUGCUCUCUAUAAAUCGAUAGUAGUAUUUCUUCUGGUUUGUUGCGGUACGAUGAAACAAUCGCUUUAGAAGAAAGAUUCGUCCAUUAAUCGUGUUCGUUGAAGCUUUUUUUUAAAACUGUGAUAUCAAAUAAGAUGAAAUAUUAACGAAUAAGUGAUGAACUUACGUUUAAUGUAAAAGCUACUAUAAUCCAAUUGUAUUGCUCGAUUGUUCUUUCCAAAACAGCGAAACUAUAAAGUAAAACAACGUAAAGUAAGUUUCAUUCGUGGUUACCUACUGUAUAAAUAUCAGAAAUAUUAUUAUAAGUAAUUCAUUUUCCUACUAGUUAUACGCAUAUUUUUGUAAUAAAUGAGUUUAUAUAAAUUAAGAAAAGUGAAUCUGAAAAACGUAAGAAAAACCAAAAAUAAUGCAAUGUUUUAAAACACACCCAUAAGUAAUGUAUAACUUUGUGUCGUUUCUAAUAAUUAAUAAACGUGUGAUAAUGAGGUA